UAUGGUGUGUAAGUCAUACGACAGCCCUCGAAGGAUUCCAGGAAAAAACCCAACUGAGUUGAAGUGCUUCCAUGGUCUCUAAGCUAAACAGUUUCCGUUCAAUUGUGGUUGUUUUUCUUCAUGUUGGGCCAAAAUCUCUGAUUACCGGAAAUGUACGGAUCUGUGUUCUGUCGUUGUGUCUUUUAGACCAUGAAAACUGUUCCCUUCUGCUACGAGAUUCUCACGCCCACCAUACGACAAAGAUUCCGAUCCCUCUCGUUCCUCGUAGAAAAUGCAGAUGCCAUGUCGGACAGAUCGAGUUUCUUUCACUCCCGUUCAUCACCACGUUCAUCUCUGGUUCUGCCCGAUGGCUUGGAUUCUCGAGCGGCUGCUGAAGUUCCCGAUCAAGACGAGAUCACGUCCUGGAACAGGAUUAUCGCCCGGCAUAUUCGUUCAGGCGAACUUGAUUCCGCCAUGAAAGUGUUCCAUGGCAUGAGAGCCAAGAACAUUGUCACCUGGAAUUCGAUUCUUGCGGGUAUCUCCAAAGUGCCCGGGAGAUUGAGUGAAGCACAGAAGCUGUUCGAAGAAAUUCCCCAUUCGGACGUUUUCUCUUACAACACAAUGCUGUCUUGCUACGUCCGCAACUCCGAUCUCCAGACCGCUCGGAGCUUCUUCGAUCGGAUGCCGGUCAGGGACGUGGCGUCCUGGAACACGAUGAUCACUGGGUACGCUCGGCAAGGCCAACUGGAAAAAGCACGGGAAAUGUUCUCCGCCAUGCCGGAUAAGAACGAAGUCACCUGGAACGCGAUGAUCUCUGGGUAUGUAGAAUGCGGAGAUUUGGAGACGGCUUCGUCGAUUUUCAGAGCGGCCCCGGUAAAGGGCGUCGUGGCCUGGACGGCGAUGAUCACAGGGUAUAUGCGGUCCAAGAAGAUCGGAUUAGCCGAGGCUGUGUUCCGUGACAUGCCGGUGAAGAAGAAUCUCGUGACAUGGAACGCCAUGAUCUCGGGUUAUGUGGAGAAUUCCUGGCCAGAGGAUGGCUUGAAGCUUUUCCGAGCAAUGCUGGAAGAUGGCAUCAGGCCUAACCCGUCGAGCCUGAGCAGUGCUCUGCUCGGCUGCAGCGAGCUAUCGGCCUUACAGCUCGGGAGACAAGUUCAUCAGUUAGUGUGUAAAUCUCCAUUAUCAAACGACACAACUGCAUCGACAUCCCUGAUCAGUAUGUACUGCAAGUGCGGAGACUUAGUAGAUGCUUGGAAACUCUUCACGGGGAUGAAGAGGAGAGAUAUCGUGGCCUGGAACGCCAUGAUUUCUGGGUAUGCUCAACAUGGGCAGGCUCAAAAGGCUCUGGAACUGUUCGGGGAAAUGAGAAACGGUGGAAUCAGACCAGACUGGAUAACAUUCGUGGCGGUUUUACUGGCGUGUAACCACAGCGGUCUCGUCAGGGCCGGGAUGGAGUUUUUCGAUUCGAUGGUGAGUGACUACGGGAUUCAACCGCGACCAGAUCACUACACUUGUAUGGUCGAUCUUCUGGGUCGGGCUGGGAAGUUAGAUGAGGCAUUGAAGCUGGUGAAGUCAAUGCCUUUCAGACCACAUGCCGCGAUUUACGGGACACUCUUAGGGGCUUGUAGGGUUCACAAGAAUGCGGAAAUGGCUGAGUUUGCAGCCAAGAAGCUGCUUGAGCUCGAUCCAAGCAGCGCAGCCGGGUAUGUACAGCUCGCUAACGUCUAUGCAUCGAAGAAUCAGUGGCAAGAAGUCGCUAGAAUCCGUAAGAAAAUGAAGGAGAACAAGGUUGUGAAGAUACCCGGGUACAGUUGGAUCGAGAUAGAGAACGAGGUCCAUGAAUUCCGAUCAGGGGAUCGAGUCCAUAGAGAGAUGGGAUCGAUAGAGGAGAAACUGAAGGAGACGGAGAAGAAGAUGAAGGAAAAAGGGUACGUGCAUGAGCUGGAGUUUGCGUUGCAUGACGUAGGGGACGAGCAGAAGGCGCAGUUGCUGAUGCGUCACAGCGAGAAGCUGGCGGUGGCGUUCGGGUGCAUGAAGGUGCCGAAGGAGCUGCCGGUUCGUGUUUUCAAGAACCUUAGAAUAUGCGGGGACUGUCAUAAGGCGAUCAAAUUGAUUUCUGAGAUCGAAGGGAGAGAGAUCAUUGUUAGGGAUACCACCAGGUUUCACCAUUUCAAGGAUGGCUCCUGCUCUUGUGGUGAUUACUGGUGAGUUUAUGUUUUUUAUUAUAAUAAAAUCGGUUUUUUUUUUCUUUUUGUAAAAUCUGAUGCAAAUAUAGGAAUUUAUUAUCUUUUUUUUUCAAAUA